AUGGAUCCUGUCGAUUCUCAAUGCAUUACUGUUGAACCGCCUCCAGGGACGAAAUACCUGACCCAUGGGUUUGCUGCCCAUAUUUACGUAACACUUGAUUCCGACUAUGUGAUAAAGCGACCUAAGGAGUUUGAGGACGACGAGAGCCUGGACUUCCGUGGGCUUGUUGACAAUGAGAGGGAGAUCUAUGAUCGCAUAGGCAAUCACGAUGGGGUCAUUGGAUACCAUGGAUACGAUCAGAAGAGCGGGUCGAUCAAGCUAGUAUGUGCCAGUGAUGGCGACCUGACAGAUUUCAUCAAAAACAAACCCAAGCCGGAUCAGAAGAUGCGUUCUAAAAUGAUGAGGCAUAUAUCCAACACUCUGCUCUACUUUUAUUCACACAAUGUCGCUAUACAGGACAUUAAAACUGACAACGUGCUUAUGCAUCGCGGAAUACCAAAGCUCUGCGACUUUACUCAAGGUAUCCGAUAUCCCCUGACUGAGAAGAUGCAGGAUGUUUGCCCCGAGGAGGUAUUAGGCAGGGAUCUUCUUGGGAUUGGUUGUGUUCUCUAUUCUAUCUCUACCUGGAAGGUCUUCAACUACGAUUUCGACAACGAAAGGCGCUGGCCCACUUCGGAUGACCUGGAGUCGACGGAAAAUGUCCAAUUCGGGAAAAUUAUCGAAAAUUGCUGGCACAGAAAGUAUAGCUCUAUUGAAGACUUUCACAACGACAUCACCGGGGUUGAGACAGAGUGA